AUGCCUCUCGAUACCUCAACCACGUAUCCUCUGACCCGGCUGCGCCUGGAUGGUCGCCGAUGGAACGAGCUCCGCUUGCUGCAAGCGCAAAUCUCCACCAACCCGGCCAGUUCUGGCUCGUCCUAUCUCUCAAUGGGAAACACGGCGAUUAUGUGCUCUGUCCAUGGCCCUGCCGAGGGCCGUCGGGGUGAGGCUAGUGGUGCGGCUGGCAGCGCAGGUGCCAUCGUCGAGGUGGACGUCAAUGUUGCUGGAUUUGCUAGCGUGGAUCGCAGGAGGAAAGCAGGAGGCAGUGACAAGCAAUCCUCGCGAAUUGCGACAACUUUGCGCGCGGCCUUCCAAUCGCAUCUACACACCUACCUUUACCCGCACAGUACAAUCAGCAUCCACGUUUCAGUCCUCUCUGCCGACGGAUCUUUGCUGGCGGCUGCGAUCAACGCUUGCACGCUGGCUCUGGUCGAUGCAGGUAUCCCCAUGCCGGGAUUACUCACUGGAUGUACAUCGGGAAUGAGUGGCAGCGCAUCUACACCUCGCGAUCCCCGAAACGACGAACUUGACCCGUUACUGGAUCUGUCACUCCCAGAGGAGCAAGAGCUGCCAUUCCUGACCGUCGGUACUACUACAUGCGUACCCGUCGGAGAGAAUCACAUGGAUGAUGAGGAGGAAGAAACUAAAGUAGCCGUGCUCAACAUGGACUCUAAGCUUCACUGUACGUAUAUCGAGACGAUGCUGGCAGUUGGCAUGGACGGAUGUAACCAAAUUCGCGAGCUGUUGGAGGGCGUGAUCAAAGAGUCUCGCGGCUCGUCAAGCAGUACCAGGAAUACCGUCGAUCGUUUCUUCUUCGCCUUUCUCCGCUCGUUCUUGAAAUCAGCAACCGGUGUUCAGCAUGGAGACAACAGGAACCAUGCCGACGGGAAUUCUCCCAAUGGCAUUCCCGGCAACCAUGGGUAUGAAUCCUUCGAAUGCUACAGUGUCAAUUCCCGGGAUGCCUGCGAUGACGGGUAUGCCAUCAAUGCCUGGCAUGAGGGGCUCGUCCUGCAAGAUUGA